AUGUUUAAAAAAAUAAAAUCUAGAAUUGGAAAAAAAGCAGGUACAAGAAGCAGUGCCUCUGCACUGCUUUCUAUGCCCCUCACCCGCAUGGCACCGAGAAAGGAGUUGAUAAGAUUCAACAGUGAUUCAGUCCAAAUAACCAGGGAGUCAACAAACAGACAAACAACCCUAAGCGCAUACACGUACCUACGUGUCGCAAAUCAUAGAAAAGAAGCCAAUGAUCCACUCCUAGCACGGGUGGCCUUCCACACAACGAAGGACCGUAUAAGAAAGAGGAAACCACCAAAGGACAGCAACGUUUUCAAGCAAUAA